ACGUGUCUAUAUGAUAAAUUCCAUGACGUGUGCGUGUCAUUAUAUACAUACGCCUCUGUGGAAAACUGUCUUUUUGUCAAAUCUUUUGGAGGCUGAGGAGACUCGUGUGAUGCAACGAACGAAUCAUGUUUGUUACGACGAUUAUAUCGCUUCGGCCACAUACGUAUAAUCGUUAUCACGAUGUAAAACCUGCGCAAACAAACCGUUUCUACACGCACGUCUGAUUACGUUUUUUUACAAGACCAUGGCCGCGGAACCUUGUGCUCCGGUUUUUAACCAACGAAGAAUGAAGAGGACGCCAAUAUAUAUAUUUGCAGAUAUUUAAGAAUAUGAUCUUCGUUGCAUCUCGGGAAAGGUUUGCGUGGCACGUAUGUUAACGACAACGAUCUGCAAGACGUACGAGCCAUCUUGCUCCAAAGCAACGUAAACUAAUGCGUCCCAAGUGUCGUUGGAUCGAGCCCAACUUAUGCCGGGAGAAAUUCUUCCGUAUUCGUAUAUCGGUGUGGUCGAUGCUAUAUAGAGAUUCUUCACGAUACGAAGGUGGAUGACGGUUCGGUCAAUGACGCCUGUGAUUAUUUUAAUGAUACUCGCAUUCGUCGCGGGACAACAAGCGGUAGAUAAUUUUAACACCGAACUGGUAGCGGAACAAGAUGACGCUCUCCUCUUGGUCUCUACGCUUGGAGGAUUGCUCGUGGGCGUUGAUCAAUGGUCUGGAAAAAUACGAUGGCAACAAGACGAUGAACCUGUAGUCAAAGUGCCCAUCAAUCUGUCAGGAACUAAAAUGCCUAUGUUUCUACCAGAUCCCAGAGACGGUUCGCUCUAUCUCUUUGGCAGAGAAACGGAGGCCGUGAAAAAGCUACCAUUUACCAUUCCUCAGUUAGUCGCCAGGAGCCCAUGUAGAAGCAGCGACGGUAUAUUGUACACUGGCAGAAAAAUUGACACUUGGUUCAGUAUUGACCCGAUGACCGGUGAAAGGGAACAGCUUUUAAGUUUUCAUAAAGUGAAGGAUACGUGCCCUUUAGAAAUGCAGAAUACUAUCUUUGUCGGUCGUACGGAAUAUAAUAUUAUCAUGGUAGACAGCAAGCAUAAGGACAGAAAGUGGAAUGUAACAUUCUAUGAUUAUUCCGCUAUGCAAAUGAACGCUGACGUGAUGGAAGAUUACGAUUUGGUACAUUUCACCACAAGUUCAACAGGUCGCGUAGUGACUCUGGACAGAUUAGGUAGGAUUCUUUGGAAAUUGGAUUUGAAAAGCCCAGUGAUAGCCAUGUAUACCGUAACCAAAAAUGGGCUGCUGAUGGUUCCUUUCACAAGUAUUGCCGAUCCGUUGUUGGAGAAAUUUGCGACAAAGCCGACUGACGUUCAAUGGUUUCCAACUUUGUACGUUGGACAGCAUCAGUAUGGUCUCUAUGCGUUACCGUCACUCGUUGAUUUGGACACGGCAACUAUAUCGAGCGAUAUAGGACAAUUGUUGCUGGAAGGGCCAUUGGUCACGUCGCAUCCUCGUACGGACGAUAAUAAUGUACCAUUGCCAGGGGAUCACGUUUUCAUUUCCAAUAUUGACGUAACCAACGACGGUUAUCAAAGCAUCAAGCAUACUGAAAAUGCCAUUAUGUUAGGCCAUUACAAGGUACCCGCGGAAUACAAACCGCAAAAUCAGCUCCUUCAAAUAACUGGACGAUCUGACCCGAUAAUCUUGGAGACUUCGACGUUGAAUGUCACUGGGACCAAGUUAUCUGUCGCCGUGCAGACGAAUAUGUCAAACGAUGACACGCGGAGUUGGCAGAGACGUAUAUUAAACACUUACAGCACGAGCAAAAUGUGGCUCACACGACAGGAAAACAUAGAUAUGAAACUGAUUGUGAUCCCAGUUACCGUGACAAUUUGCACGAUUGUAAUUUGCUAUCUGUAUAAGCAACGUAAGAACCAACUCCAACACGUGUCGCAGGGUUCACGCGAGAGCAGUCGUACGACGUAUUCUGGUAAAUCGGGAACUUCGGUUGUUAUGCCAGAAGAGAUCGGGGACGGCUUGGUUAAAGUGGGAAAAAUUACGUUCGACACAGGAGAGGUUCUUGGCAAAGGAUGCGAAGGAACGUUUGUGUACAAAGGUGAAUUUGACGGUCGUGCUGUAGCUGUGAAGCGGUUGUUGCCGGACUGCUUUACGUUCGCGGAUCGGGAGGUAGCCCUCUUGAGAGAAUCAGACGCACACGUGAACGUAGUCAGAUACUUUUGUACCGAACAGGAUCGUAUGUUCAGAUACAUCGCCUUGGAGUUAGCGGAAGCCACUUUGCAGGAUUACGUGGCGGGCAAAUACGAUCGGGGAAAGAUAUCGGUGAAAAAUAUGUUGCGUCAGGCCACAUCUGGAUUAGCGCAUCUUCAUUUCCUGAAUAUCGUUCAUAGGGACAUAAAGCCUCACAAUGUCUUGCUCUCUGUUCCUGGACCUCGCGGGGAGGUACGCGCCAUGAUAUCGGAUUUUGGAUUGUGUAAAAAACUUCAACUCGGCCGCGUAUCAUUUUCACGAAGAUCCGGUAUCACUGGAACUGAUGGCUGGAUCGCGCCAGAGAUGUUGAAUGGAGAAAGAACGACGUGCGCCGUCGACAUUUUCUCGCUUGGUUGCGUUUUUUAUUAUGUUCUUUCCGGUGGCAAGCAUCCUUUCGGUGAUCCGCUACGAAGACAAGCUAAUAUUCUCUGUGGCGAGAGCAAUCUGACAGCGUUGGAAAAAGUGUCGUCGAGUGACAGAGAAUUAGCGUUGUUGCUUAUCAAGGCGAUGAUAUGCGGUAAUCCUGCCGGGAGGCCGCCAGCUUUGGCAGUUUGUACGUACCCAAUCUUUUGGACGUCAGCAGAGAUUCUGGGUUUCUUUCAGGAUAUCAGUGAUCGGGUGGAAAGGGAUCAGUCCAACAGUCCGGCUUUAAUAGCAUUGGAAACUCACGGCAAGCGCGUAACAGGGGACGAUUGGAGAUUGUAUAUAGAUCUCGAAGUUGCAGCAGAUUUGCGCAAGUAUAGAAGUUACCGAGGCGAGAGCGUAAGAGACCUACUCAGGGCUUUACGGAACAAGAAGCAUCACUACAGAGAAUUGAGUCCGAAGGCACAGGAGAGUCUUGGCGAGAUUCCCAACGAAUUCACGGAAUAUUGGACGUCCAGAUUUCCAUGCUUAUUGUGCCACGUGUGGUGCGCGAUGCAAAACUUUCGACACGAAUCGAGCCUAAAACAGUACUACCAUACAACGUAUACUUUUGCGAAUGGUUAUGAGGGGCAACGAGCACGCACACGGGUGGAUCAAGUUAAUACGGCGUUAUCGACGUCGACCAGGAUGGGAAAAACGGAUAGCGUCGAUUGGAGCCCCAAUCGAACAAGAUACCGUGGCCAGAGAAGAAAACAAGAAAAGAAAAAACAGGAGGAGCCAUCAACGUGGUUAUUACAUCCGCCAACGUGAACUGUCUCGGACGUACUACAAACUAAGUAAAGAAAUGAUGAAAAG